CGGGUAAUAAUAAUUUCCUUCUUGUCAAUUCAGGAGUGCAAGGUCCUACGCUGGCGCCUUGGAUCUUCUUUUAUUUUCCCCUCUCUCUUUCUCUUUCUUAAUUUCUUCCUCUCAUUCGAAUCCUCAAUUAACGACAACCCCCGGAAAUCGGACGAGUCGUUAGGACGGAAGGAAAGAUUAUCAUUAGCGCUCUUUCCAGCCUACUCUUUCCUCAGCGGAUUUCGCUCAUGCUGCGCUUUGCAUCUCCCAAGCGACGUUCGUCAAGAUGCCAACCAGCACGUCUGCGCCUGAAAAAUCGAGACAGACCUCCGCUGGGAAGUCGUUCUUUGGGAGGAAGUUGCACAAAGAGAAGUCGGUAGACGAACGAUACGACCCGCAUGGCUCGCACGAUAGUCUGGCGCCUCCUGGAAGCGCCCCCGGCUCUCGCUCAUCCCGCCAUUCCAAACGGUCGUCCGUCCAGUCCGUGGACUAUCCCCACGAGUUUGAUCCCAGUGGCGUGUCCAUGACCGCAGGUGUCCUGACUUCGAUUCCCUACGAGAGCUUGCCCGCCGAUACCCGAUCGCCUGUUCCCGUCGAUCACCUCUCAAGACCUAGUUCGUCCUCACGUAAAGAAACGUCGCCGAACCAUCUCGCCAAAGGAAACAGCGACUACCACCAGUACCCGGCAUGGAACCCGGCCAGCGUCCCCAACAAUAACACCACCACCACCAACAGCGCUUCGUCGCACCCAACUGGCCCCCGGCCACCUCCGCAUGGCUUGAAUGUGACCAUGACGGGAAGUACAUCGGGGGAUAAAGGUGCUCGAUAUCAACAGUGGGGACGCCCGGGCAGCUCUGCAGCCAAUACUGGCUUUAGCCACAGCUCCUCCUCUACAUUAGAUUCAUCGGCGCAAUCGCGCUUGUCCUUCGACCAGCUUAGUGUUCAUUCGUCGAUGUCAUCUAAUACUCGGGGUUCAAGCUAUUAUGCAUCAGAGAGCUCUUCGCGCACGCUGACACCUUCGCAUUCCGCCGAUCGCACAACCUACGCAUCAAAUGGCAGUUCCGGCCGCCUGUCGAAUGCACAGGCAGCAUGGCAAUCGACCCAGCCCGCUCAACCACCCAAGAUUCCGGUUAACCAGGAGCAAUAUCUCGCCCGACCGAGGGACGAUCGAGUGGUGGAUCAACUGUUUAUCGAGCUGAUGCAGAAACGAGGAUGGCAGAACCUCCCGGAGCAGGCCAAACGACAGAUGCUCGCUUAUCCGGCUUCGAAAAAGUGGACCUUGGUGCACCAGGACCGGUUGACGGAGAUACAGGGGGAACAGAAGCGGCGGCAGAAUGCUCGGCAGACUCACGGCCAUGAUGGACCCUCGGGUAUUCUGGAACGCGCUGAUGAGGAGGGAAGCCCCGAGUGGUAUGUGAAGAAGGUUAUGGACGAUUCAAUCACCUCGAAACAGCUGGCCAGUCUAAGUGUCAGUCUACGAACGCAGCCAAUCAGUUGGGUCAAGGCUUUUGUUGAGGCGCAGGGUCAAAUCGCUUUGACAAACGUGCUUGCCAAGAUCAAUCGAAGGAAGGCUACAGGUGUCGUCCCAGCUCCCCCGACAGGGGAUAAGGAUCUGGAUCGUGAAUAUGACAUCGUCAAAUGUUUAAAGGCCUUGAUGAACAACAAAUAUGGAGCAGACGAUGCUCUCGCACAUCAACAGGUCAUUGUGGCUCUUGUUAGCUCACUGCUAUCUCCUCGAUUGAAUACGCGAAAGCUGGUCAGUGAAGUCUUAACCUUUCUCUGUCACUGGGCCGAGGGCCAUGGGCACCAGAAGGUCCUCCAGGCUAUGGACCAUGUUAAGAAUCAUCAUGGGGAAACCGGCCGUUUCGACGCCUGGAUGCGUAUUGUGGAGGUGACCAUUGAUGGCCGAGGGAAAAUGGGCAGCCUGGUUGGCGCAAGUGAAGAAUAUCGCAGCGGCGGCAUAGGCAUGGAGAACCAUCUCAUGGAAUAUGCUGUUUCAACUAUGCUGCUCAUCAAUAUGUUGGUGGAUGCGCCCCAGAGCGAUUUGCAGCUCCGCUGUCAUAUUAGGGCUCAGUUCAUUUCUUGCGGCAUCAAGCGCCUCAUGACCAAGAUGGAAGGCUUUCAGUACGAGGUCAUCGAUAAGCAAAUUGAACGGUUCAGGGAGAAUGAAGCCAUUGACUACGAAGACCUGCUGCAACGGGAGAGCAGCAGUAUGAAGGACAGCAUCGAGGGCGAGGUCAAGGAUAUGAGUGAUCCUUUGCAAAUCACAGAUGCCAUCACCGCCAGGAUACAGGGCACUCGGGCUCAUGAUUACUUUCUCUCGGCCAUGCAGCACAUGCUCCUGAUCCGGGAGAAUUCUGGCGAGGAUGGUCUUCGUAUGUACCAGCUGGUGGAUGCUAUGCUCAGCUAUGUCGCUAUGGACCGUAGGCUUCCCGAUCUUGACCUCCGACAAGGGUUGACCUUCACCGUGCAAAGUCUUUUGGACCGCCUGCAUACAGACUCCGAGGCAAGACGAGCUUACGAUGAAUCUUUGGAAGCUCGUCAGAUCGCGGAGGCUGCUCUUGCGGAGCGCGAUGAGAUGAAGGCCCAGGUAGAGCUUGGCGCAGAUGGCUUGGUUAAGAAGCUGCAGAAACAGAUCGAUGAGCAGACAGGGAUCAUUGAGCUGCAACGGAGACGUGAGGAAGUGAUGCAGGCGGAGCUUGCGGAUGUUCAGAGGCUACGGGCUCAAGAGUUACAGCGGAAUGAGCUGGAAACUCGAGAACUCUACCUGAUGCUCCGAGACGCCCAGGAUAUAGCUGCAUCUACUGCCAAGAAGAGCAACAUGGCCGAAGCGGAUCCUUCACAGAUGAGAGGCAUCCUCGACCGAGAGAAGCUCUUGGAGCGAUUGGAGAUGCAGCUCGAGCGGACCAAGACACAGUUCAAGCUGGAGGGCAAGGUAUGGGGUCAACAUGUCACCUCAGAUAGACUGCGUGAGCUUCGAGAGCAGAUGGAUGGCGAAGCCGAUGCCGACAAUGAGUUUGGACAACGGACAGGUCAAGGCCUGGACGUCAACGCCUUCGGAUCGGUUCACCGGAAGAGAAGCCAUCUUCCGGGCAUGGACCAAGACGACAGUUCCGAGAUUCAGACGCCAGUCGACGAGUCCGGUGAGGUCGUAUACGAAAAAGCACGCCUUGUUGAUCUUCAUCGACCUAAAGUCAAUCCUAAGCAAGCUAACGGUCUCCUGGGAGAAAUCGCCUCGAAGGUUCCUAAGAUUGACGCUGAGGAGGCUGACGAUGCUGUCACAAAUGGCUCCGUGGACAACAAACUUGCUGAACCUGGAACAGAAGAUCGCCCUGCCAGUUCACAACAAGAAGGAGCCAGGGUCGAGGGUGCAACUGAAAAGGUCGAGAAUAAAGGUUCUCCUGCUCCUGCUCCUCCACCCCCACCCCCGCCUCCGCCUCCUCCUGCGCCAGGAGGGCUGGGGUUCGCUCCUCCUCCUCCUCCACCUCCUCCUCCUGCGCCAGGAGGGCUGGGGUUCGCUCCUCCCCCUCCUCCGCCUCCGCCCCCGCCUCCAGGAGCUGUUGGGAUCCCACCUCCGCCCCCUCCGCCCCCUCCUCCUCCACCAGGAAAAUCAGGGUUCCCGCCCCCUCCGCCCCCCCCUCCCCCGCCGCCCGGUGGAAGACCUGGGCCUCCACCACCCCCUCCUCCUCCCGGUGCUUCUUUCGGUGCCCCUCCACCCCCUCCACCGCCUGGUGCUGGUGGAUUCGGAGGUUGGCGCGCAAACUACAUGGCUUCCCAAGCUCUUCCUCAUCACCAGACAGCUCUCAUGCCAUCUAUCCGGCCUAAGAAGAAACUCAAGGCACUUCAUUGGGAUAAGGUCGAUACUCCGCAGGUGACCGUGUGGGCAUCUCAUGCUCCUACAGCUCAAGCAAAGGAGGAGAAGUAUGUGGAGCUGGCGAAGAAGGGAGUCUUGGAUGAAGUCGAGAGACUGUUCAUGGCAAAAGAGACCAAGAUCUUCGGCAAGGGCGCGGGAGGCAAACAGCGUACGGAUAAGAAACAACUCAUCUCCAACGAGCUGUCCAAGACUUUCCAGAUUGCUAUGGCCAAAUUCUCUCAGUUCCCUGCGGACGAUGUUGUACGGAUGAUUAUCCAUUGCGACACGGAGAUUCUCGACAACCUGGUCGUCAUGGAUUUCUUACAGAGGGAUGAAAUGUGCACCAUACCCGAGAAUAUCUCAAAGUCUAUGGCGCCAUACAGUAGAGACUGGACCGGUCCAGAUGCUGCCAGCGCCGAGCGGGAGCAGGAUCCAACUGAGCUCACGCGCGAAGACCAGAUCUACCUUUAUACCGCGUUCGAGCUGCACCAUUAUUGGAAGGCAAGAAUGCGUGCUCUUGCGUUGACACGCUCGUAUGAGCCAGACUAUGAGCAUAUCUCCGCCAAACUGCAGCAAGUCGUGCAGGUCAGCGAGUCUUUGAGAGACUCCGUGGCCCUAAUGAAUGUUCUUGGCUUGAUCUUGGACAUUGGUAAUUUCAUGAACGAUGCCAAUAAGCAAGCUCAAGGUUUCAAACUGAGCUCACUCGCACGCCUCGGUAUGGUGAAGGAUGAUAAGAACGAGACUACAUUCGCCGAUCUAGUGGAGCGAAUCGUUCGAAACCAGUAUCCCGAGUGGGAGGGCUUUGUGGAUGAGAUCAACGGCGUUGUCGCCAUUCAGAAGCUCAACGUCGACCAACUGCGCACGGAUGCUAAGAAGUACAUAGACAACAUUAAGAACGUCCAAGCCAGCUUGGACGCUGGCAAUCUCAGUGAUCCGAAGAAAUUCCAUCCUCAGGAUCGGGUCAGUCAAAUCGUUCAAAGAAGCAUGAAGGAUGCUCGUCGCAAGGCCGACCAGAUGCAACUUUACCUGGACGAGAUGGUCAAAAGCUAUGAUGAUAUCAUGGUGUUCUACGGCGAGGAUAACACGGAUGAAGGCGCCAGGCGGGAUUUCUUCGCGAAGUUGGCUACAUUCUUGCUGGAGUGGAGGAAAUCUAAGGAGAAGAACAUCAGCCUGGAAGAGAAUCGGAAACGCAUCGAAGCAUCUCUGUCUCGUAAGCGGGUUAAUGCAGGUCUGGCAAACGGCGCCGGUACAGCUACAGAAGGGCCACAGUCCCCCGCCACGAGCGGUGCUAUGGAUUCACUUUUGGAGAAGCUGCGUGCGGCGGCUCCUCAGGCCAGGGAUCAGCGCGAUCGCCGGCGUCGCGCCCGUUUGAAGGAGAGACAUCAGGUCCGCGUGGCUUCGGGACAGAAAAUGCCAGAUCCCGCUGGGUCUGAAGGCGCAGAAGCCGGACAGAUUGAAGAGACUGGCAGCAAUGAAACGAGCAACGCGGGUGCAGUCGAUGCCAACUCGGCCAACACGGAUCUUCUGAGUCCUCCGGUUUUGGAGUCCGAAGCUCCUGAGACAUCGAGCCAAGAUGCUCAGCAUGUGUCAGAAAGCGAAGACGUUGCGGACCGGGCUGCAAGCAUGCUGCAGGGUCUACGGGACAAUGUUGACGGUGAGCGUCAAAGAAGAAGACGUGAGACAGCCGAGGAAGAGCGGCGUAAACGCAGGCUGCGGAGACGCAACGGUGCCUCUGGUACCAGCAAAGACAGCGUCGAUGGCUCGGUGGUAGCCUCUGCGUCCGAACCACUUUCCCCUCCCCAGACAGAUCCGAUUGAACCGGAUGAUAUUUACAAUGCUCUCUCUCCCUUUGCGCCCCUUCCCCGUGCCCGUCACGCCGCCGUCCGCACGCUAUACGACCCUCUCCACCCUCCAUCCUCGAACACCAUCCUCGACGCCGCAGCGUUGGUGCUAUACUUCCCCGGCCCCCGAACCGUGACAGGGGAAGACGUGCUCGAGCUUCACUUGCACGGGGGUCCGGCGAUCGUGAAAUCCGUAUUGACCGCGAUCGCGAACAUCAACCGGCCAUCCUCGUCACCGUCCUCAAUGUCUACAACAACCACAACAACAAACCCGAAGGAUCCCCAAGUCCCCCUGGAACCCCCCUCCAGAAGAGGAGGAGGGGGAGGAACGAUCCGCUACGCCGAGGCAGGCGAAUUCACGCGCCGGGCCUUCCUCAACAACCGGCUGGACCUCCCCCAGAUCGAAGCACUGGGGGAUAUCCUGCACGCGGAGACGGAGCAGCAGCGACGGAUCGCCGUGCGUGCGGCGAGCAGCAGCGGCAGUGGUGAGCAAGGCGGCGCGCUGUCGCAACGCUACGAGCAGUGGCGGCAUCAGCUGCUGUACGCGCGCGGCGAGCUGGAGGCGCUGAUCGACUUCGCCGAGGACCAGCAUUUCGACGAAUCGCCGCGCGAGCUGGUUGGGUCCGUGGGCCGGCAGGUGCGCGCCCUCCAGGCGCAGAUCCAGCUGCAUAUCGGCAAUGCCGCCAAGGGCGAGUUGCUGCGGAGCGGGAUCCGCGUGGCGUUGCUGGGGGCCCCCAAUGCGGGCAAGAGCUCGUUGCUGAACCGGGUGGUGGGCCGCGAGGCCGCCAUCGUCAGUACCGAGGAAGGGACUACGAGGGAUAUCGUCGAUGUUGGGGUGGAUGUUGGGGGUUGGUUCGUGCGGCUGGGUGAUAUGGCGGGGAUCCGGUCGGAGGAUGUUUUGGGGGACGAUGAUGAUGGGAGGAGCUCCGCGGCGGCUCGGAAUGUGGUGAUCGGGGCGGUUGAGAAAGAGGGCAUCCGGAGGGCUAAGGCUAGGGCGUUGGAGUCGGAUGUUGUCGUUGUGGUCGUCUCGUUGGAGAAGGAGGAGAAGGAGGAGGAGGAGGAGGAGGAGGGGAGUGCGAGUGCUUCUUCGCGGUUGGCGGUUGAACCAGAAGUCAUUGAUGCGGCUAAUGAGUGCGCGCGCGCCGGCCGCUGCGUCGUCGUUGCGAUCAACAAGUGUGACCGGUUGCCCGGCCUGGAUCGCCUCCCGGAUCAGCUGCUUGCCACCGUCCGCACUCUGUUCCCUGCUGUGCCCGACCGGCGCGUGUUCGGGAUCUCCUGCCUGGAUGCCCGCCGGGAGACGGGCUCCGUCUCUGGCCCGGUGGCGGAGCACGAUCCGGGCCAUAUCCAGCACUUUCUACAGGGGUUGAUCGCUACGUUUGAGGAACUGGCUUCCCCGACGGGGAUCGAGGAGGAUGCCAACGGCCAGUACGACCGGUCCUACUGGGAGGAUUCUCUGGGCGUCACCCACCGACAGAGCUCGAACCUACAACGCUGCCUGGAGGAUCUAGACGCGUUCAUGAACCAGACUCAACCAUCAACCCAUCACCAUCUUACACACGAGUCCGAGGAAGAAGUCGACAUCGUCACCGCGGCCGAGCACCUCCGUUCCGCGGCCGAUGCCCUAGCCAAGAUCACGGGUAAAGAUGAGAGUGGCGACGUGGAGGAUGUCCUAGGAGUGGUGUUCGAAAAACUCUCCCUUCCAUUCGGUGAUGCUGUUCCGCAGCCGGGGACCUCGCGAGCAUUCUACUGGUUGGUCCCUGCUUUAUCAUUCACAUCGUUAUACCCGCCCCGGCCUUGCAUAUCCAUCGGUUCGGCUGCGGUCGAGGUCGAGGAGGAGGUUGACGACGUGGGGGCGUUAUAUCCGCCUCGACCCAUGGACUCCAUGGUCAAAGGGGGCUCUCUGGAUGGUCCCAUUUUCUGA